AUGCGCUUGCGCUUCCACGUGUCCCUCGACGCGUCCAACGAGAUCAGCUUCAAGGCGCUCAAGGCCACGCUAGGCGAGGACACGGCGCCGGUCGAGGCCGCGCCCACCGAUGCGUCUGCGCUGCCGCACGAAGACGGGCCGCCAUCCACGCCGCCACUCGUACCCGCGCGCCCGAGUCGUGGCAAGUUUAACAUCAUCGAGCACCUCGAGCAGCGCUAUGGCCGCGGCGGGCCGCUCGACAUGAAGGACACCGUCGUGCGCAAGAACGUCGACCACGACGACCUGUACGACUCGGACGACUCGUUCAUCGACGACACGGACUUGCACGAGUCGAUCGAGAGUACGUACUCGAAAACACAGGUCAAGACCAAGCACAGCGGCUUCUUUGUGAACGCGGGCGACCGCAUCGAGACGAUCAAGGAGCUCAAGGCGGCGCCGGUCGCGCGCGGUGUCGACAACGACGACGAGCCACUCCGGAAGAAGAGCAAGAAGCACGCGGAAGAGAUGGACGACUGGGGCGACGAGUGGCAGCCCGGCGCCGAGGUCGACGCUGUCGUCGCCAAGUUUCGCGAGUUUGUCGCGAGCUAUUUUGCCGAGCACGGAACCACAAAGGCAUGGCCACCGGCCUUUGACGACGGGUUCCGCGACGUCGAUCGGACCGUCGUGAACGCCCACCCGCAGCGCUGGCGCGUCAACGGGUACAUUACGAGUCUGAUGCAAUUUCUGCCCUACACCAAAACGUCACUGCGCGGCCACAUGGCCCGGCUCGAAGCCCGCGACCAUGCGCGCCAGGCCAAGACCGACGCCGACGACCACUUUCUCGAUAUGGCCAAGCUCGUCGAGCCCCACAAGGUUCGCGCGGAAGAGAGCGACGUCAUGUCGGUCGACGGCUUCAAAGAAGACGUCCUCAAGGACACGGCGUUGGCGGUGGCUACGUACAGCGCGGCCGCCAAGAUGGAAGACUGGGUCACCAAAGAGAACGAAUACCGACAGCUCCUCAAGCAAGACGACAAGAAGCACUUGGACGAGGCCGAGACAGUGAUUCUGAGCGUCCCGAAGGAGCGAAAUCGGCUCUACACCAAGAUGGUCGGCUGCUUUCCGACCAACUCGAUCGACAUGGCUGUCGUUCGGGACCUCGUCAAGCUCGGCCGGAAGGAGAGCGGUCACAGCGCGACGCCCCACGUAACGCCGCUGACGAAGAAGGCGGGUGCCACGGCAGCCAGCGCCACCGGCGCCGCCAAGAAGGUGCUCAAGACCCCCAAACCGCCCAAGGCAGCGGACGCCGACAAGGUUCCGGAUGCCGCAACCAAGGCACCAGCACCGGCGCCGAAGCGGCCGGCCAAGCCCAUCAAGGCGCGGCGAUUCGAAGUGUGUCCUGUCUGGUCUCCGCACGACUUUAUCGAGCGCAAGGUUGCGUAA